GUUAACCGGAGAUUAACAAGACUACAGCUCGGCGUCGCUGCGCUUCAAAUAUGACAAUAAUAAGGUGAUUUACGCCAUUACAAAUAUGGAUACUCACAACCAUGUAUGUUAGGAGCAGUUAUUUUUUUUAGGUAAUGCUGGCUUUAAAGUCUAACUAAGCUGCUAUCUAAGCUACAUGUAAACGUCUGCCUCGGCAGCUGGCAUUGCUAAUUAACUUAGAGCAGGGGGGGAGCUAACUUUAAUCACUCUGCAACAAAGUUUUACAAGAUGUCGUGGUUCAGUCAUGUCAACCAAGGCUCAAAUCAGCAACUUCCAGCCACAGACAUCCUGUGCAGCUCUCACAACUCCAGCCUCAGUCCCAUGCAGGGAUCAGCCACCAUGGCAACGCACGGCUGGACCGGUUUCUCCUCACCCAGCUCGGAUGACUUCCCAUCAGCCCCCCAGGGUGUAGCCAGCCCUCCCAGCCUCGAGAACCUCUCCUGCGCUUCGGUUCAAGUUCGAGAGCCGGAGCCCAUCUCCUAUGUCACCUUCCAGGAGCAGCGGUGCGUCCUGAGCUGGUUUCAGGGCUGGACCGGCGCUCAGAGGGAGCGGUUCCUGCAGGAUCUGCUGGGGAAAGCUGUGCCGGGGAAAGUGUGCACCCUCCUGGAUUCACUCAGCACUCUUCAGGUUAAAGACAGACUACCAAACAUCUUUGAAUGCCAGCUGCGCCUGUGGACCCAGUGGUUUGAGUCUUGGGGAGAAGAGGAGAGGAAUCACUUCCUGCACAUGCUGGAGGAGAAGGACCCAGAGUUUGUUGCACACUUUUACAGGAGUGUAGCCGGGACAGCAGGACGGGACUGAGCGAUGUGUGCGUUUCCACAGAGAACAGCAGCAGAAAUAGAGGUGACGUGGUUGAGAAGGCAUAUUUGUUGUGAGGUAGCUAUCUUGAGAGAAAUGCUGGUGUAACUGUCAUGAGACUUGCUGCUGAAGCUUAAUUACAUUUCAAGAUCCUAAGUGUUCAUUCCAUAUAAGCGUUUUUUUACGCAGUUUUCUAUAGAUUCUCCAAGGUUGCAUCACACAGUAUACUACUUUUGUAUGAAGUUCAUCAUGACUGAAGCUCCGCCGUUUCACGAUUCACUGAACUUGAAAUACAUUUAGGAAUAAUGAAACCUUUGUUGUUGUUUUUUUACUGUUGGUUAACACACAUUGGAUGACAUAGACAAGACUUCUUUUUUUUUAAAAAGGAGAAUAAACAAAAUGUAUUAUUGUA